CAGUAGUAGGAGCCAGCAGCAACAGCCAGUAGUAGGAGCCAGCAGAAACCACCAGUAGUAGGAGCCAGCAGCAACCACCAGUAGUAGGAGCCAGCAGCAACAGCCUGGGAGGGAGCAGCAACAGCCAGUAGUAGGAGCCAGCAGCAACAGCCUGGGAGGGAGCAGCAGUGGGGGCAGCAGAGCCUGAACAAAGUGAGCUCACAGAAGAAGUGCCUCUAAUCACCGCAUUCCAGCAGAGGAGAGCCAGUCAACUUCCUCUAAGCCUGUGUGACGGGCAGAGAGCUAUUUUACUCUUCUUCACCUGGACUGGACUUUACCCACCUCUCCCUAGCAGUGUCUGACUGACGAAGGAUUUUAAAGAAAGGAGGAAAAUAAAAGUGACUUUCUUUGGUUCUAAAACGGAAGAAGACCCAGAUGUGAAGAUGGAGGAGGGAUACGAACUUGACCUGACUUACGUGACGGAGCGCAUUAUCGCUGUGUCCUUCCCCCGGGCAUGCUCAGAGGAGAUCUACUUUCACAACCUGAAGGAUGUCACACGGAUGCUCAAGUCCAAGCACGCUGAUAACUACCUGAUUAUCAACCUGUCGGAGAAGAGACAUGAUCUCUCUAAAAUGAACCCUAAGACUCUGGACACGGGCUGGCCUGACCUGCAUGCUCCUCCUCUGGAUAAGAUCUGUACCAUCUGUAAGGCCAUGGAAAACUGGCUCAAUGCUGACCCUCUACACGUGGUGGUCAUACACUGCAGGGGUGGGAAAGGCCGAAUUGGAGUGGUCAUCUCAUCAUUUGUGCAUUUCACCGACAUAUCUGCCAGUGCUGAUCAGGCCCUGGACCGCUUUGCAAUGAGGAAGUACUACGACGACAAGGUCUCAGCAUUAAUGACACCCUCUCAGAAAAGGUACGUUUGGAUCCUGAACAGUCUCCUGAGUGGGUCAAUGAAAAUCAACGCCUCUCCACUGUUCUUGCAUUGCAUCAUUCUACGUGGGAUACCAAACUUUGACACUGCAGGAGUUUGUCGGCCAUUCCUGAAAGUCUACCAGGGAAUGCAAGCUGUCUACUCCUCAGGGGUCUAUCACAUUGGGCCUGGACACAGAGACAGGAUAUGUAUCAGUCUGGAACCUGCUCAGAUGUUAAAGGGAGACAUCAUGGUGAAGUGUUACCAUAAGAGUGAUGUCACUUUGGAGCGCGAGGCGAUCUUCCGGCUCCAGUUCCACACAGGAGCAGUGCAGGGCUACAACCUGGUGUUCGAGAAAGAAGACAUGGAGACUGCCAAUAAAGAUCACAGAUUUCUGGCUUACGGGAAAGUGGAGCUGGUGUUCUCUGAGGGCCCGGAGAAAAUCCCAGGUGCAGAGCGCUGGCAGAACGGGGCAGACAUAAGUGUGGACUACAACACAGCCAACCCUCUGACACGAUGGGACUCUUACCAGAACAUAAUUGACGCAGAAGUGCCCCGCUCUCAGGGACUGGCCCAGGACAAAGCCUCCCCAUCCAAAAGGUGCCCUAACGGGGAAGUAUCCACCACAGUGACCCUGGCCCGUGGAGCCCACCAAGCCACUUCUACCACCAGCAGUCCCGACCACAGCGACCACGCCCUGUCAGCCAGCAGUGACUCAGGCCUGUCCAGCACCUCUCUGUGGACUGACAAACCCCCAGCCCCGAUCACCACAACCACCAGCUCCAGGCCACAGCAAGGCCCCAGCCGUCAGGAGAAGGCCCAGCUGAAGCGCCUGCUGAGCGGGUUCGGCCUGGAGGAGAUGUCUGAGUGCGGAGGAGGGGGGCCAGGAGUGAUGACCAUACAGAAACGGGCCCCAGCCCAGGUGCAUGGCAACGGGGACCUGCGGCCCCCCAGGGAGAGGGAGACGGACAUCCUGGAUGAUGAGGUCCUCCUGUCGGGUCAUGACCUGCGCAGCGUGGACAGCCUCGGGACCCUGUCGUCCUCCUGCCACAAGAGCAGCCAGAACUCAUUGCUUUCAGAUGGCUUCGGUAGCCCUGGGGGAGAGGAGCACCAGCUCCACCACCACCAACCCCAGCACCACCACCCAGCCCCGGCUACAAUGGAGGAGUACGAGAGAGCCUACGCAGAGGCCCGGAGGAGCUGCUUUGGCCAGAGGAGUGCCUCGGUCUCCACCCCCGCCACCGCCAUGCCGAUGCCCAAGCAGCAGGUAUACCGGCAGGGCAGCUACUCCACACACACCUGGGUGCGCCAACAGCAGAUGGUAGCAGCCCAUCAGUACGCCUACCUGCAGGCCGAGGAGGGUGAGGAGAGGGAGAGGUACCUAGGGGACAACAAAGCACAAGGGGGAAGCCCACCCAAACCUCCAACCCCUACAGUGUCACAACAAGGACCCGUGCUGAAUAUGAACACUGCUGCCUUGAGAACGGUGGUGGCACCACAGACACACAACGAGCAGCCUCCUGCAGUCGUCAACGAUAACAACAACAGCCGAGACGAAGAGUUCAACUCUUUGACUGUGGACAUCGAUAACUCCAUCGACCAGCUCAACCAGUUGAUCAUGGACCUGGACCCCACGUUCGUGCCUGUCCCCACACGCUCCAGCUCGGUCAAGAGGAACGGCGGGGAGCAUGUGAAUAGCUCAGCCACCACAAACGCCACCUCCACCACCUCCUCCGGGUGCCCCAACGGAGUCAGUCCCAGAGUCACAGAGAACAGUACAGCCGCACUGCAAAGCACACAGCCGUCAGCUGCCCCAUUGUCCGUUGGUGACGUCAGAGUGGACUCCAUGCAGAGUCGGCAGGACAGUGACGUCAGAGUGGACUCCAUGCAGAGUCUGCAGGACAGCGACGUCACAGAUCACCCAGGAUUCGGUGGCUCACGCUGGGGCGUGCAGGAGGAGUACAAGAGCAGACGGACCUACUCACCCUGCGUACCUCACUCCCAGCAUGGCAUGCUGUUCAGGAGUGACAGUGUGAACUACAGAGCUCAGGGUCCAGAGAUGGACAGUGGAGUGGAGGCUGGUAGUGACAUGACUCCUCCUACUCCUGCCUUCCCCAUCUCUCCCCCUACACCUUAUGUGAAAAACAUGGCGGAAUUCACUCACCUGAGGCAAAUUCCAUCUCCCAGCAUGCAAUCAUAUGGAGCUUACAGGACGGAGCAUGAGCCCAGAGGUUACUUAGAGAUGAUUGGUCAUGUUCCCCAGUCCGCAGAAGAGGGCCUUCCAGACUCAUCCCCCAGCUGCCAUAGGUCCUUUAGCUCCUCUCGCUCGGCGUUCAUUAGUGGGAUGCCACAACGGACAGACAGCCCCUCCAUGGGUCAGCCCUGGCCAGAGGACAGAGCCCUUCAUCCCCACUCCAUGUCCUUGGACUACAGCCACCACUCCCCUCCCAUGCACCCCCAACCCCACACUCACCCUGCGCCCAACGCCCACAGCUCCCCCCGGGGCAGCCAGCAGAGCCACAUGGCACACUAUGGCCUCACCCACAGCCUUGCGCACAGCUUUGACGUGCAAGACAACUUAGGCCUGGGGGGCUAUGGCGCAGUCGACAGCCCACCCUCUGCCUCUCCUCUACUGGGGAAUGGAGGCAUGGAGAGGGGCCUGUCCUGUAUGGGUUCCAUGGAUGGGCCGGGCACCAUCCGGACCCAGCACCUGCCACAGCUGCAGCAGCUCCAGGCCCAGGGUGCCUUGCCUCCACUGCUGCCUGAGAAGAGGAGGGAGUCGGACGGGGAGCACUCCUUGGGCACAGCCUCCCCAGCCCCUAGCGGAUUCUCCAGCCCACAUAGCGGAAGCUCCCUCAGUAUCCCAUUUCCCAACAUCCUGCCUGAUCUCUCAGCCUCUGCACAGAUGCCGGGCACCGCUUCACCUCUGCCAGAUGUCCUGGCCAGCAAGCAUGUGACUGUAAACUUUGUGCAAGACACAUCGAAAUUCUGGUACAAGCCUGAUAUCUCCAGGGACCAAGCUAUCUCAGUCCUGAAGGACAAGGAGCCCGGAUUUUUCAUAGUACGGGACAGCCACUCCUUCAAAGGAGCCUAUGGGCUGGCCAUGAAGGUGGCCACACCCCCUCCCUCAGUCCUGCAGCAGAGCAAGAAAGGUGAUCUGUCCAAUGAGCUGGUCCGUCACUUCCUGAUUGAGUGUACACAGAAAGGAGUUCGGUUGAAGGGCUGUCCCAAUGAGCCCUACUUUGGUAGUUUAACUGCGUUGGUGUGUCAGCACUCCAUAACUCCCUUGGCUCUGCCCUGCAAACUCAUCAUACUUGACAGAGAUCCUCUUGAAGACGUGGUGGAGAAUACUGCUCCACAAUCUGUCACCAACUCUGCUGCUGAGCUCCUUAAACAAGGAGCAGCGUGUAAUGUGUGGUUCCUGGGCUCAGUGGAGAUGGAGUCUCUGACCGGGUACCAGGCUGUGCAGAAGGCCACCAGUGUAACAUUGGGCUCAGACCCCCUGCCCACCUCCACCGUGGUCCACUUGAAAGUCUCCUCACAGGGAAUCACCCUCACCGACAACCAGAGGAAGUUGUUCUUCAGAAGGCAUUAUGCAGUGACCACUGUCAUCUUCUGUGCAUUGGACCCUCAAGAUCGGAAGUGGAAAAAAGAUGGCUGCACUUCAGCAAAGAUCUUUGGCUUUGUGGCGAGGAAGACGGGCAGUGGGCAGGACAACGUGUGCCACCUGUUCGCCGAGCACGACCCCGAGCAGCCCGCCAGCGCCAUCGUCAACUUCGUCUCCAAGGUGAUGAUUGGCUUCCAGAAGACCAAGUAGCACUGCAACGCUGCUAGCUAAUUGGCUAGUGGGGCUGUUUCUAAAACUUAAAACCGUACAAUCCUCAACCUGAAGGUUAUGAGCCAGGACUUGGACAGGAAGGCAGUGGAACAGAGUUCCAUCCACAGAACUAGAAUGGGUUUUGCGAGAUACUAUUUCAAUGGUUACACUACCUAAGAAUGGGAUACAAUUGAUAACAAUAAUCUUGAGGCGAAAGAAACGCACACCUAUUUAGGCGAGUUGCUGGCUAGCGGAGUGGAACACUUAAAAAAAGUAAAGGAGAGCCGCACACUCUAGGAGCUCAGAUGCAAAAAUAUCUAUGUCCAACGUUUCGACAGACAAGCUGUCUUCAUAAGGGCAGCACUCCAUCACUUGUCUGUUGAAACGUUGGACAUAAAUAUUUUUGCAUCUGAGCUCCUAGAGUGUGCGGCUCUCCUUCUCCUUUAUACAAUUGGCAACAAGCAUGAAAAGAGUUACAAGUUACAACCUAUCCAAGUCAUCUCCUGCUUACAACACAGAGGGAACUGUGGACCAUCAGCAGGACAGGAGACUCAUUGAGAUCUUUCAUUGAGUCCAAUGAAAACUCAGAACUCCUUUGCCAUCAUUUUCUAACAGACUCUUUCCUUAUGAUGAUUAUUGGGGGUUUGUCUGGAAGGAAAAAUAGAAUAUACAACAGCUACGUUAUAAGAUGUGUAUUUCAUUUUUAUGUAUCAUUGUAGAACUAAUACAGAUGUUUGCAUUUCUGUCUCGAAAGGGCUUACAGUUUUAUGUAUCCCAAAUCUUUACAAGUUAGUUACAUAUUCCUAUUCUCAACAUGCUCUGUAUGAUGUGAUACUAUACUAAAGUUAGUUACAUAUUCCUAUUCUCAACAUGCUCUGUAUGAUGUGAUACUAUACUAAAGUUAGUUACUUAUUCCUAUUCUCAACAUGCUCUGUAUGAUGUGAUACUAUACUAAAGUUAGUUACAUAUUCCUAUUCUCAACAUGUUCUGUAUGGUGUGAUACUAUACUAUACUAUAGGGAAGCAUAGAAGCCUGGCAUGUAAGGGUUUUGUCAUGUUUAAUAUUUAACCAAAAAUAAAUCAACUAUAUAAAGCAUUAUUCAAGCUAUUAAAAACAGUACUAAAAAAAUACUGUAAAUCAUAACUUCUCCUUAUGUUAUCAAAAACUUUAUUUUUGUAAAUGCACCAUGUACUAUUUGAAAAGUAAUACCUAUUGACUUUGUUAGAACAAAAAAAUAUAAAUAUUUCCCCUAAACUAAUGUUUCACCAUCCCAAUCAUUUAUCUUGAAUUUGGAUAUUGCUCACCUCUGGAUAUGCAUGCGAAUUAAAACCACCAUCAACGCAAUAACACACAAAAAUGUAAAGUUCUGGAAGGGGAGCGUUGGAAUGAAUCAGACCACAGAAAAAUAUUAUAUAUGUAAACCCUAAUAUAUUCUAUGAUUCCUUUAUAUCAUUUGUCAAUUACAUGUACUUUGAACUCAUGUACUACUUCGUUCAGUACUGCUUUGUCUGGAAGAUUGUUUUAAAAUUGAUACAUUUCUGUAUGUUUUUCCUUUGGCUAGUCUCAAAUAAGUGUUUAAAUUGACUAUUUGGUGGUAUAUUAUUGGCACUAACUAUAUAUUGAAAUGUCUCAGUGUUAAAAUAUAUACAGUACACUGAGUGUACCAAACAUUAGUAUUGAUUAAUAUUAAAAUUGAGUUGCACCCACCCUUUAGCCCUCAGAACAGCCUCAAUUCGUCAGGGCAUGGACUCUACAAGGUGUCCAUGCCCUGCAGGGAUGCUGCCCAUGUUGACUCCUGCUCACAACUGCUUCCCACUGUUGUGUCAAGAUGGCUGGAUGUCCUUUGAGUAGUGGACCAUUCUUGAUACACACAGCAAACUGUUGAGCGUGAAUAACCCAGCAGCGUUGCAGUUCUUGACACAAACCGGUGCGCCUGGCACCUACUUCCAUAGCCUGUUCAAAGGCACUUCAAUAUUUAGUCUUGCCCAUUCAACCGCUGAAUGGCACAGAUACACAAUCCACGUCUCAAUUGUCUCAAGGCAUAGAAAUCCUUCUUUAACCUGUCUCCUCGCCUCCAUCUACACUGAUUGAAGUAGAUUUAACAAGUGACAUCAGCUUUCACCUGGAUUCACCUGGUCUGUCUAUGUCCAUGGAAGGAGCAGGAGUCCUUAAUGUUUUUAUACUCAGUAGAGGACAUUUGUAUUGUAUAUUUCAUUUGGAAUUAUGAAAUAAAUAUUGUGUUGGAACAAUAGGCGAUCAUUGGGGCUCGAUUGAACUCGAUGGAAAAGUGCAAAAGUGUCAACACCGCCCACCCAAUGCAUCGAGCGAGCUCAAUGAAGUGCAGCUUUUUAACCACUUCUCUGUGUAGAUGAACUUUUUCACGGUCACAUUUCUUCAUGUCAAAUAAUCAGGGCAGGGACCACCUAAUUCCAAUACACUUUGUUUAUAUACAAUACAUUCACUGUUUGUGUACAUUUUAGUUGUAUUUUUUUUUCUUUCAUUUUGCUCAUGAUGUACUAAUAUGAUUUACAGUCUGUACCUCAUCAUACCUUUACUAUCUCACUUUGAAAAAACUAAUUAUAUUUUUUUAUGUUUCAUAUUGAUUUGCAGCAAGUAACAUAAAAAGUUCAUUUGUAUAGGAGAAAUGGUAUUUUCAAUGUUGAAUGUGAAUAAACAAAAGGGAAAAAUUA